CCACCGCCGUGCCCUCCGCCCCUGCUCUGCUCUCCCUGCGCCGCUGCUCUACUCUCCACGCUCGCUGCCAACAGCUCACGGCUGCAGCAUACGCUUCUCGCACGCGACGCGCCGCUAGCCCGCACCGAGACAGCGGCAGCAUGGCCGCCGUAGCCUCGCAGCCGAGCGGCAGCGCGAGCAGCAGCAGCAAUGCCGUCGCCUCGACCUCGGCGCUCCCACCGACUGCGUCGACCACACGAGCGCGCUACGCCAAGCUCGCCAAGGUCGGCGAAGGCACGUAUGCCUCCGUCUUCCUCGCGCGCGAUCUCGCCACCAACGAGAAGCUGGCCAUCAAGAAGAUCAAGAUCGUCUCGUCGGCCGACGGCCUCGACAUGACGGCACUGCGCGAGGUGCAGUUCCUGCGCGAGCUGCGGCAUCCCAACGUCAUUCGCCUCGUCGACGUGUUCAGCAGCGGCAGCGCCACGCCGAGCUUGAAUCUGGUGCUCGAGUUCCUCGACACGAAUCUGGAGGCACUCAUCAAGGACAGGAGCAUUCUGUUCCGGCCAGAGGACAUCAAGAGCUGGAUGGCGAUGCUGUGCCGUGGCUUGGAGUACACACAUCGCAACGGCUGCCUACACCGCGAUCUGAAGCCGAAUAACUUGCUCAUUGCGCCGUCGGGCGAGCUCAAGAUUGCCGAUUUCGGUCUUGCGCGUGGAGCAGGCGAGCCGGGACAGAAGAUGAGCAAUCAAGUCGUCACUCGAUGGUACCGCAGCCCCGAGCUGCUGCUCGGCGCGCGCCACUACGGCUACGGCGUCGACAUGUGGGCCGUGGGCUGCAUCUUUGCCGAGUUGCACCUGCGUCUGCCGUACCUGCCCGGCGAGUCGGACCUCGAGCAGCUCACGGUCGUGUUCCGCGCGCUGGGCACGCCGACGGAAAAGGAGUGGCUGAAACACAAGUCGUUGCCGCAUUACAUGAACUUCGAGCAGCAUCCCAAGCAGGACCUCUCGCAGCUCUUCAGUGCCGCAUCGCCCGACACGCUUGACAUGCUCGCCAAGCUGCUGCUGUACGACCCGAUGCGGCGACUCAGUGCACACGGCUGCCUGCACCACGCCUACUUCCGCACCGCACCCUCACCAACGCCCUUCGCCGACCUGCCACGACACGCAGCCGCCGUGCCAGCCGGCCACGUGCUCCUCUCCGACUCCGAGACCAAGGACUCGCGCCGGCGCGCCGGCGCCGUCAGUGGUGGUCUUGCCGGCGAAGGAGAGGCAGCAGAGGAGAAGACGCGCCCGAAGAAGCGCGCGCUGGAUGAGAAGGAGAGGGACGAGCAGCGCAGGAGGAUCGCGAGGAAACUGGCUUUCGAAUAGGCGCUGCUGCUUCGCGCGAGGCCUGUCGACGGGGCCAGAGCUCACGCGGUCCCUCUUGCGAGGCUCGAGCGUUUGGUGUCGGACAAGCCGACGGCGGCGGGCCGGUUCGUGUGCGUGCAUGGGCUCGCAAAGGGGCCGCCGUACUCGAAGUAGUACGCUACAUCUCGACUCGCUAGCGCGACAAGCGAUGGCUUAUUGCGCCAGCAUGUCGAGAUGCAACACCCUCGACUUCGUGUGUCGCUGCCCCCUUUGCGAGCUCACGCAUUCGCGUCAACCGGCUCGUCUCCUUUCCCUUUACGUACACACGACACAUCUGUACUUGUAUCCCGCGGCAACACAUCACACGC